AUGACAGAGGGAUGCACAGAUUUGGGAGGAGACGCUGUCGCCAGUGCUGGCCCGAGCUCUCCGACUUGUCCUGCGGCCUCGCCAGGCUGGGGAUUAUCUGCGGAUGCGCAGGAACGUCGAUAUGAAGACCAGGGAACGUCGAGUCAGAGUUCUCGGAUCGCGCCCACAUGCUCUGGGUUCGCUGACAAGACGCCUGAAAUCUCUGGUCAUCUGAGCGAAAGAGGUAGCAGCUUUUCAGCUUUAAACUUCGCGACUAACGUUGAUCUAUCGGCAGGGGCUUCUAUACCCUCGGAUCUGCUCCCCGCAGAGCCACUGAACUCUUGGUCGCUCUGGUCUCAAGUUCUCGAGCUGUGGGCCGUCUACAGAAGCCACAUUGACCCCGUCGUUAAGCUAAUCCAUUGUCCGUCCUUUUCAGAACACAUUCUCCGUGCAGCAUCCGACUCUUCGGCGGCCGAUUGUAGCCUGCGGGCGCUUGUUUUCAGCAUUUGCUAUGCUGUGGUCGAUGUUCUUUCCCCGGGCGAGGUCGAGACUCGAUUCCGGCAGAAAAAGGCCAUUCUCGCGUCUCUGUACAUGCAAAGGAUGCAUCAAGCCUUGGAACAGGCGGCAUCCCUCCACAGGUCCUCUUUAUAUGUCCUGCAAGCCCUUGUUCUUCACACAAUCUGCCUUUUGCGGAGGUCUGGGGACGAUGUGCGAGUGGGCACGGCUCUGCUUGAUCGGGCCGUCUCAGAAGCGCGCCUCUUGCUCCCAGAGAGUGGUGACAGCCGCCGCGACGACCUAUCUCUUCUUGACAUGCAGCUCUGGCGUCGCUGUUGGUGGACGCUAUACGUUCUCGAUUACCACAGGGCCCUAAAACACGGCCAUGCUCCAAGUACCAUCUUCCGCUCACAGCAGGUUGCGCUACCGUUAAACCUGAACGACAUCGACCUAAACCCCACCAUGCGACAGCUUCCGGUCCCCAGGAAAUCAGUCACUGAGAUGUCCUAUUUGCAUCUUGUCGUUGAAUUGACUAGGCUUGACGCUACAUUGCGAUAUUUCAAGACCGGUGAGCCGGGAUCCAACCAUCACCAAACCCUCGGAUCCACUAUCAACGAACAGGUGCGAGAGGUGGAAGUUAAUAUCAUAUGGCAUUGCGAGACUUCUCGCCCGUUUGACUGGCUCAUGUUAUUAACUGCGAAAGCAAUGCUGAAUCCGAUCGAGAUUAAGCUGCUUGAGUUGGGACAAGAGACUUAUACGAUCGACAAGUCCCUAAGCUGUGCCGCCCGGGCCGAUCUCUCGGAGAGGACCUUCUCACUCGGCCUUGACGUGGUGGAGUGCUGGUACAUUUUGAAAACUAACCCAGAUCUGACAUCGUGGAGUUGGUACACUGACACUUUCGGCCGCGAAUACGACGCGGGUUACAUCAAAUCAGAACUGGCUCGUCGACCAGAGUCAGAGCAACGGGCACGCGCCCAGAUACUGCUCGAGCUAGAGUGCAACAGGAAAAGCUACGCAUGA